GAUGAACGAGUCUCCGUUCUCCUGGCCCGUGUUCAAUCACUUGGCAUGACCGAACUAAUGGAGUCUCAAUUGUUGCAUCUUGCUCCUCUCCUUACCAACAUUUGCCUGGCAAAUUUACAAAAACUUGCUAUAGCCAACAAGUCAUCUACUGUCACAAUCACAGCUAUCUCCAGCCUGAAUAAUGGUUCACUGUCCCCCUAUGUACUUUCCCCCGUUAUUGAUGGUUGCCACUGGCGCCGCACUUGCAACACAGACAAUUCCGGACCUGCUGGAUCGGAUAUGUGCAUUGGGCCUGCUGAUCUGCCUCUAGGACGAGCAUCUGAGGCGUUUGCGCCUGGCGAACGUCCCGUAACAUCUACUCUAAACUUGAUCACAAAGACCACUUCUGGUGCUUUGGGUGGAGCUGCUGCGCACAGCCCGGCUCAGCUCGCCCGAAUUCGAGUGAUUCAUCUUCCUCGGAACGAGGCGGUUAGCCUAGCAUUAAGUACAUUUAUCCUCAACCCGAGCUGUAAUGAAGAAGCGUUCUGUAAUGGCGGGUCAGAGCUUUGCUCUUCUGGUGACGUUGAAAUGCCCGCCAAAAUUCCUCUGCUAGGUGGACCGGAUGGAGGCCUUAAACGCGACACAAAAUUGGGUGUGUUGGUUUUUAAAAUGAGCUUUUAUACUUAA